AAUUUGGUAACCCUAGUUGUCAAGUAUAGACAUUGAUUUUUGUUCGCAAAAUGUCAACUAGCAAAUAGAACCCUACUUUUAAAAUAUUCAUGGAAAAUCUGAGGAAAAGUUACUUUGUAAAUCUACAAUUUAUUUAGUUAUUAGUUAUAAAUUGAAAAUGAGGUCGCUAUUAUUUAAAAUUGCCCACCGGCAAAUAAGUCAAAGUUUUUUUAAGAAAAAAAAUGAUUUUGGAAAGUGUAAUACUGUGUUGAUAGGAAAUGUCUCACCGGAACGAGUUGUCCCAAAUGAUAUAAAUGUACCAGAAUACUAUCACAGGUCUAUGGGACCCGGCAAUACGUUGGGACUACCUGAAAUAAAAACCGAAUUGCAAAUUGUAAAAAUGAGGGAAAGUUGUAGAUUAGCAGCCAAUAUUCUUAAAUCGUGUCAGGAAAUUAUUAAAGUUGGUGUUACUACAGACGAGAUCGACAGGUUUGUUCACGAAAAAAUUAUUUUAGCAAAGGCUUACCCAUCGCCACUUCGUUAUGCCGGAUUCCCUAAAUCCAUUUGUACGUCGGUUAAUAAUGUUGCAUGUCACGGCAUACCUGAUGAUAGGCCGUUGCAAGAUGGUGACAUUAUAAAUGUUGACAUAACUGUGUUUUAUAAUGGCUUCCAUGGUGACUGCUCAAAAACUUUUUUAGUUGGAAAUGUGGAUGAGCGAGGUCUAUACUUAGUGCAGAAGACUGAAGAGUGCCUUCUCGGCUGUAUUAGUUUGUGCAAACCAAAUGUGGAGUUUAACAAGAUUGGAAAUUAUGUGCACAAUUUUUGCAAAAAAUCUGGACUAAACACAAUACCCGCAUUUAUUGGCCAUGGUAUUGGAAGCUAUUUUCACGGACCUCCGGAAAUACUACAUUUUAAGAAUAAAAUGCCGGGAAAGAUGAUCGCCGGUAUGACAUUCACUAUAGAACCUAUAUUAACAUUGGGUGGGCCCGACAUUGAAAUUCAAGAAGAUGGCUGGACAGCAAUAAGUGUCGAUGGUGCAAGAAGUGCCCAAUUUGAGCACACUAUACUUAUCACAGAAUCUAGUCAUGAAAUUUUAACAUUGUCGGAUUAAAUUUUUAAAAGUUAUAGUAAAACUUGAGUUUGUUAUUAUUCAAUGGUUAUGUACAAAA